UAAAAUAGAUAAACGGGAAUUAAUUUAUAUUUAAUCUAAAUAAAAAAAAUAUUGGGAAUUGAAAGAAAAAGAAAUUUAAAAAAUCUAGCUGUAAAUAUUUUAUUAUUUCCUUCAUUGAUUAAAUAUAUAUUUUAAAGUUAAGCAAAAAGAAACCAUUUUGGUUGUAAUUAGGUUGUCAUGGUUUGGUAAACAAAACAGGUGAUUUUAGAAUAUGUCAAAGGUGAUAAAACGUUUGGUGAUUUAACUGAAAAUUACAUACAAAAAGGCUUGGCAUAUUUGGUUAGAAAUGGGUGUAGAUUAAUUAAAGACAGUCAGCAGACUUAUCUUGCAAAGUUUCAAUAUAAACCCAUUUCUCUUCCUCAUUUCGUGCCUCUUUUGGUGUCCAUUCAAUGGUUGUUCUUUUAUCAUAUAUGUUAAAAUAAAUAAAUAAAAAACGAACUGUUUAUAAACAACAAAUAACUUUGAACACGUGUCGAAAUAAUAUUUAGAAUUGGAGCCCAAAAAAUAAAGAAGAAAGAAGAAUGAGAAAGACGGACACCAAAGGGGAGCAGAGGAAAUCUGUUCUCGUUGAAUAGGUUUCUUUUCCCCCCAUAGAUUUCAAAAGCCUUUCAACAUCCAUCCAUUCGUCUUCUUUUUCUGUUUUGAAUUAAUAGGGUAACUCUUUAAUAGAACACCCACCCACCAUCGCCAUGUACCCAAUAGAACAUCCACAAUGGCCACCAGCACCUUAUCAUUAUGGGCAACCGGCUCCACCACCUUUCGCUCCUGUUGCUGACCCAAACCAGCAAAUGCGUAAUCAAAACUAUUACAUGCACCCUGCUGGGAAAGUCCUGUGGUCCACAGGACUCUGUGAUUGCUGCUAUGAUAUUCCGAACUGUAUCAUCACAUGUUUUUGUCCUUGCAUCACCUUUGGACAGAUUGCUGAGAUUGUCGAUAAUGGAUCAGUCUCAUGCCUAGCAAGUGGAGUUCUGUACUCAAUAAUAUUUUGGAUGUCGGGGCUAGCUUGUAUGUACUCAUGCUUCUAUCGCUCAAGAAUGAGGAAUCAAUACAUGUUGGCAGAGACACCGUACCCAGAUUGGUGCCUUCAUCUUUGCUGCGAGGUCUGCGCCUUGUGUCAAGAAUACCGCGAGCUCAAAAACCGUGGCUUCAAUAUGAACAUUGGAUGGCAUGCGAACAUGGAGAAUAUGCGAAAUCGUGCUAUGCAAAUGUCGAUGCCUCCGGUGGUGGAAGAUGGGAUGAAACGAUAAACAACGAUGAUUCUCUUUCUUAAAUAGCCAUUUCUACAGGCAUGUUGAUUGUUGAGUUGAGACAAAGGAUUUGGACCCAAAAAAAAAACCGAGUGUAAUUUCACCUCUGCCCUUCUUAAAACAAUAAUAACUGUUGAGUUUGAUGGCGAUCAA